UCGAACGGGACAAGUAUCCACAAAGUUCUCGACUAUCCAAGGAUAAACAAUCAACCAUGAAAUUCAUCAUUGUUUUCGUUGCUCUCUUCGCCGUUGCCUUGGCCGGUAAUCCCGAGGUGCAAAUUGUCAAACAAGUCAGCGAUGUGGGUCCUGAAAGUUUCGAAUAUGUUGCCGAAACCUCUGAUGGUACAUACGAAGCUGCCUCCGGUCAUUUGGAAAAUGCCGGCAGUGAACACGAAGCCAUUGCCGUCAAGGGUUCCUACUCGUGGGUCGAUGAGAAGACUGGCGAAAAAUUCACCGUUGAAUAUGUUGCCGAUGAGAAUGGUUACCAACCCAAGGGUGCCCAUUUGCCCGUUGCCUAAAUGAUUACUUUUCUCUAAUGGUGUUUAAAUGAAUAAUAAAAAAUGGAAUGAUAUGUUAAAAAAAUUAAAGAAA